GCAGGGAGGACGCUGGAUGGCUUUUCUGCAGAGGGAUGGCGUGCGGCAGCCGCAGCGGACGCAGCAAGAGGCAAGUGCUGUUGUUUAUUCUGGGCGUUUGCGUGUGUCAGAGCGCGGCCGAAAGCCUCUGCUAUUCUCUGGCGGAGGAAAUGGAGAGGGACUCCUUUGUGGGCAAUAUUGCCAAGGACCUGGGCGUUGCUCCGAGCCAGCUCGCGGCUCGCAAAGCCCGCGUUGUGUCCGAGGGGAACGAGCAGCUUUUCCGCCUCAAUCAGAACACCGGGGUGCUGACGGUGACCGAGUCGCUGGACCGAGAGCAGCUCUGUCCGCAGAGCGACACCUGCACCCUCUUCUUUAAGAUAUUCUUUGAAAAUCCGCUGCAGCUGGUCAGAGGGGAGGUGGAGGUGCGAGACGUGAACGACAACUCCCCCGUGUUCCCGGAGAAGAACAUUGUUAUAGAGAUUCCCGAAACGACAUCUCCCGGGUCCCGUUUCCCUCUGGAAAGUGCGCAAGACAAAGACGUGGGGAACAACGGCUUGCAGAACUACAGCCUGGAAUCCAACUCACAUUUCACCCUCUCUCCGGGAAGAAGGAAAGACGGAAUAAAAUACCCGGAGCUCGUCCUCGAGCGUCAGCUGGACCGCGAAGAGCAGCAAGAGCUGAAUUUGCUCCUCACUGUCAUCGACGGGGGCUCGCCACCGAGGACGGGCACGGCUCAGAUUCGAGUCAUCGUUCUGGAUGCCAAUGACAACGUCCCUGUCUUCGACCAGGAGGUGUACGAUGUGCGCUUGUCCGAGAACAGUCCCCGAGAUCAGCUGGUGGUUAAAGUCGCGGCCGCGGAUCCCGAUGACGGUUACAAUGGAAAAGUGCGGUACACGUUCACCCAGAUACCAGAGAGGUCCAGGCAGCUCUUCGAGCUGAACCCUGACACAGGAGAGAUUCGAAUUGCGGGUGACCUGGAUUUCGAAGAUGCAAAAACGCACGAGAUGGUGGUGAGAGCUACCGACGGUGGGGGGCUGUCUGCUCAUUGCAACGUGCAGGUGGAAGUCCUGGACGCCAACGACAACGCCCCGGAGAUCAUGCUCACCUCCCUCACCGCCUCCAUUCCCGAGGACGCCCCGCCACGCACCGUCGUGGCUCUGUUCAGCGUGCGGGACCGCGACUCCGGCGACAACGGCAGGACGGAGUGCACCAUCGACGCCGACUUGCCCUUCAGCCUCAGCCCCACUUUCGAGAACUACUACGAGCUGCGAACAAACGCGGCGCUGGACAGGGAGCGCACGGCAGCCUAUAACAUCAGCAUCACAGCCACGGACUGGGGCACGCCGCGGCUCAGCUCCUCGCAAACGCUCUUCGUGCGUCUCUCGGACGUGAACGACAACCCGCCCCGGUUCACCCAGGACGUCUACAGCAUGUCGGUGACGGAGAACAACAGCCCCAUGCUCCGCAUCGGCAGCGUGAAGGCCACGGACGCGGACGCGGGAAGAAACGCGCGCGUAAGCUACGCGCUGGUGCGGCAGGAGGGCAAGGAGCAGCCCGAGGUGUCGGUGAACUCGGAGAGCGGCGACGUCUACGUGCUGCGUCCGCUGGACUACGAGGCGGUGCGCGCGUUCGAGGUGGCGGUGCGCGCUGCCGACGGCGGGUCGCCGCCGCUCAGCGCCCAGGCGGUGCUGCGCGUGGUGGUGCGGGACGACAACGACAACGCGCCCGUCGUGCUGCACCCGGCCGCCGAGCCCAGCGCGCAGGCGGCGGCUCCGUUGGAGCUGGUGCCGCGCUGGGCGCAGGCGGGCUACCUGGUGGCCAAGGUGGUGGCGGUGGACGCGGACGCGGGGCAGAACGCGUGGCUGUCGUACGAGCUGGCCAAGGCGACGGAGCCGGCGCUGUUCCGCGUGGGGCUGCACAGCGGCGAGGUGCGCACGGCGCGGGCCGUGGCCGAGCGCGACGCGCCCCGGCAGCGCCUCGUCGUGCUGGUGCGGGACCGCGGGCAGCCGCCGCGCUCCGCCAGCGCCACCCUCGGCAUCGCGCUGGUCGACGGCUUCUCCGACGCCCAGCUGCGGGCGGGCGACGAGGCGCCGGCCGCGCAGCUCGACGACCCGCUGACGCUCUACCUCGUGGCCUCGCUGGCCUGCGUGUCCGCGCUCUUCCUGGCCACCGCCGUGGCCGCCGGGGCCGUGAGGCUGCGGCGGGCCCGGCGGAGCGCGGCCGACAGCUUGCCCACCUUCCCGCAGCCGGCCGCCGACAGCGACGCGGGCUCCCUGCCCCGCAGCUACAUCUACGACGUCUGCCUCGCCGCCGGCACCGUCAACAGCGAGUUCCGCUUCCUCAGGCCCCUCUUCCCCUCACUUCUACCCUCCCAGGGAAAACAGAAAGAAGAAGCCAAAGAAACAACAAGGAUGUACCAGAGAGGUACUAGGCUUCUCUGUGGGAGAACAAAACUUCUCGGCCCUUGAACAGUACUUCACAUAUUGGACGGGUUUUCUUCAUUGUGGGUGGAAAAGGAGGACUGUGGUGCAUAUUGGCUUCACAUAGCCUUCAUGUGUUUAUGAGAGUGCUCCUGCUUCUGGAUCUUAAGCGAAAUACAGAGGACUGGAAGCAGAUCUUCAAGAUAACUUUCUCUCAUGUCGUCUUUCCUUUAUUGGUUUGUUGUUUCUGGGUUUCUCGUUUGGUUGGUUGUUUUGGGUUUUUAUCUGUAUUAAGGUCUUAACAUACUGUAGCUUGUUCAAUAAGAGGCCAAGAGGAUGUGGUGCAAAGUAAGUUGUGGUUGGAAAGGAAUUCCUAAAUAACAAUUAGCAACUGAUUACACUAUAAACAGGUGACGUUGGCACACUUGGCACAUGUGACCGGGAGUUUACGGGAUUUCCCUGCUGCAAAGAGCGGGAUUUGAGCAGCGUUUCAUUUCUCAAUGUUUCUUUCUUUUUUUCCUAACAUAAAUUUCAAAUGAAUAUUUCAUGCUGUUUGAGUCUAAGGUCUUGGAGAAUUAGAAGUGCUGCUUGUGAUUUUGUAGUGAAAUAGGCUAAACCUGUCCAAAAUCACCUUCAGGUACUUUAGAUUUCUGGGCAUCAAGAAGCUUUCUGUUUUCUUUGCUUAGUAGUUGCUAAGAAUCUAUAAAGUAAUGUGUUAUUUGCUGUCGCUCAUAUGUUUUAAAGUGUCAAAUGCCUGAUUGAUUACACAAAACAAUAAAACUUCCUUGAAACUGU